UGUUGCUCCUGCUACUGCUGCUGUUUCUGCUGAUGUGUCUGGAUGCUACACUCAUUUAAAGAGAAGGCAGCGAGAGCAAGGUGAGGGAGGAAUUUUACAAGAACCAGAGUGUAAAAGAGCUUUCAAACGGGUCAGGUUGGCAACCAUGAAGCUGGCACUCCUGAUGCUGAUGGUGGUGUACACAGUGGGCAAUGUAAGCGGCAUGUCUACAUGUAAGACACUGGACCUGGAGAUGGUGAAGAAAAAGCGCAUCGAGGCCAUCAGGAGCCAGAUACUCAGCAAACUGCGCUUGCCCAAAGAGCCCGAGUCGGAUCAGGCUGAAGAUGAGGAGGAAAUACCCAACACCCUGCUGUCGCUCUACAACAGCACCAAAGAGAUCCUGAGGGAGCAGCAGACCGAGGUCCAGAGGGAGAUCUCCACUGAACAGGAGGAGGAGGAGUACUUCGCCAAGGUGGUGCACAAGUUCAACAUGACAGGUACAAAUGGUACAGAGAUCGACAAGAAGUCCAAAAACAUCCCAAUGUUCUUCAACAUCUCUGAGAUUCGGAAGAGUGUGGGGGAUUACCGCCUGCUGACCAACGCCGAGCUACGGAUGCUAAUCAAGCAAACAAAUAUAGCCGAUGAACAGCGAGUGGAGUUGUACAAUGGCCUGGGGACCUCGGCCCGCUAUCUGGCUUCCCGCUUCGUCACUAACCAGUUGAGAGACAAAUGGCUGUCCUUCGAUGUCACAGAGACCCUGCAGGAGUGGCUUAAAGGAACAGAGGACGAACAUGGUUUUCAAAUCCGGCUGUUCUGUGAAUGCAGCCAGACGAGCAGCGACAUCGGCUUCAAUUUUGAAAUUUCUGGGACUGGGAAUGCAAGGGGAGACAAGGCGGCGUUGAAGAAGAUGACACAGCAACUGCCCUACAUCUUGGCCAUGUCCAUCCCUCAAAACACGAGCAGCCACCUCACCUCCCGAAAAAAACGCUCCACAGACACGAAGGAUACCUGUACAGCCCAGACAGAGACAUGCUGCGUGAGGAGCUUGUACAUCGACUUCAGAAAAGAUCUGGGUUGGAAGUGGAUACAUAAGCCAACAGGCUAUCUUGCUAACUACUGCAUGGGGUCCUGCACCUACAUAUGGAAUGCUGAAAACAAAUAUUCUCAGAUUUUGGCCUUGUAUAAGCAUCACAACCCAGGAGCCUCUGCCCAGCCUUGCUGUGUUCCUCAGGCACUGGAGCCACUGCCAAUCAUCUACUAUUUGGGCAGGCAACACAAGGUGGAGCAGCUGUCCAAUAUGAUUGUGAAGUCCUGCAAGUGUAGCUAAACAUACAAGGCGCAUUGCUCUGCCUCCCCUCGAGCAUACACAGACAUGGACAAGUUGUGUUUGGGAGCACAGAGGGGAGGGAAGUGGCAGAGAUUAAGAGGAUGACGAUAAUGUGGACAAGGGCAACAAGGCGUUUCAAGUCAACAGGAUCUUGGUGGCCCAUCUUUCCUCUUGCAACUCUGCCGUCAACACGACGAAAGCACAUCAAAACAUGAACUUCUUUCUAUAGAUAUUGUAGAUCAUAUUUUGUACAUAUUUUUUUCCCAUGCAGUCGUAAAUAUAUCUGUCUUUAAAUGAAUUUAUUUAUUUAGUGGAGGGACAGAUCUGUAAAGAAAUGGUAAAAAAAACAAAAAGUGUCCGUUUGACAUGGAAAAUAAUUAAAAUGAUUUAUCAUGUGGACAAAGAAAUGCCAAAGGACUUGAGGACCAAAAUGACCUAGACGGAAAAUAUUCUUUUUCCUACAGAGGAUGAUGGUCAAAAGCGUUUCUAUUUGCCAUAUCAUCUCCCUGGAGAGGUCAUAGUUAAAGGUGCUAAGUGGUUGUUGGGGUUUUCCUGGAAGAUAAUGCCACAGGUGUGUUUGGAGAGAGUAACGACAGCAUGCAGACGACCGCAUAAGGGACAGUCCGACACGGGGGUGGGGUGGGGGGGGGACUCCCUCUGACUGACAGGCUGGAGUUUUUCAGCCAAGUGAGCAACGUUUCAAAGGGAACCGUCCAUCAGUUUGACUUGCUUUGUUUGUUUUACAACCCAUGUGAUUUAUACAACACUUUUUGUCCAUUUGUUUGUGUUCAUAGCUGAAUGCCUGCUUGUCCUUAUGAAACUGCCUGUGCUGCCAAAGCCAUGAGUAAUAUCAGUGUUUGUAAAAGCGAUGACACCAUGUUUUUCUCCUGCUCAGGAUUUACAGCCAGCCUGUUGUCUCUAUGUGCUGAGGGGUCAGGGGAUGUGGUUGUGGUGUUAGUUCAAGGGAAGCCAUUCAGACUCAAUACACACAUUUCAUGUUUUUUUUCCUGUUAUUUGCCAUUCAGACUCAAUACACACAUUUCAUGUUUUUUUUCCUGUUAUUUGCCAUUCAGACUCAAUACACACAUUUCAUGUUUUUUUCCUGUUAUUUGCUGUAGUAAAGUAGGGCCGAUUUAUUGCCUUUUAUUCCAGGACAAGUUUUUACUUUCAACUGAAGUGUGUUGGUUUUUGCACAACUCAAUAAAUAAGUUCAGCUUCUGUUAUUUGUUUUACAGUAGGACCACAACCAUACUCAUUUUGUCAGUUUAUCAUAUUUUAAAGGCGCACUUAGUUGUUUUUUUAAAUUUUAUUUUAUUUGCUUUUGUAGAUAUUUAAAAAAAUAUGAAAUAAACAUUGAUGUUAAA